GACGUCUGGGCCUGACACGGUACUACCGUACUUCCCUAGAUGGGGAAGAGAGAAGGAGCUAGUUACCACCAAUAGGAACAGGGCUCCCACUACAGUGACAUUGUUGACAAGAAGACCAAGUGCGCCACAAAAUGCUUGCUCACAGCUGAAGGAGCUCAUUGUUGUGGUGAUGGCCCUCAACAAGCCAGGAGCAAAGCAAAGGAGGAUUCACCGUCGCAAGGAUGAAACGCGAGAGCCAGGAGACCCCCAAGACCCAUCUGGUGUGGCUGGUGGUCGCGGGGCUUUUACUCGCGGCGGAGGGCAAGCGCGCCCGCCAGCCCCGCUGCCCCUCGACGUGUACGUGCACCAAAGACAACGCGCUGUGCGAGAGCGCGGGUUUGAUCCCUCGCAGCUUUCCCCCAGAUGUCAUUUCAUUAUCGUUCGUGAAGUCCACGUUCACGGAGAUCCCCAAAGAGAGCUUCAUCCACACGCCUGCUCUGCAUCUGCUUCUUUUCACAGCCAAUACUUUUGACUCCAUCAAUGAAGAUGCUUUUCUGGGCCUUCCUCAUCUGGAGUAUCUAUUCAUUGAAACCAACCACAUCAAGUCUAUAUCACCUAAUGCUUUCCGCGGGCUGAAAACAUUAGUGCAUCUGAGUCUUGCCUACAACAACCUGGAGACUCUGCCCAAAGACAUGUUUCAGGGUCUCGAGGCUCUAACCAAAGUAGACCUGCGAGGGAACCAGUUCAUCUGUGACUGUAAGCUCAAGUGGCUGGUGGAGUGGAUGGUCCACACCAACGCCACCGUGGACCAGAUCUACUGCAAGGGCCCCGAGUCCCUCCUGGACAAGAAGAUCAACGACCUGUCCCCCCAGUCCUUCGACUGCAUCACCACAGAAUUUGCCACCUACCAGUCUCUCAAGUUUGAGUCCCUGUCGGUGGAGUCCUUCUCCUUCGGGAGCGAUGAGUAUGUGGUGUUCGCCCAACCGUUCAUUGGGAAAUGCAGCUUUCUGGAGUGGGAUCACGUGGAGAUGGUCUUCCGGAACUUCGAUGAAAUCGACAGCACGUCCACCGUAGUGUGCAAGCCCCUGAUCAUCGGCGACCAGAUGUUCAUCAUCGUGGCGCAGCUGUUCGGCGGCUCGCACAUCUACAUGCGCGACGUGUCGGCCAACAAGUUCAUCAAGAUCCAGGACAUCGACAUCCUGAAGAUCCGCAAGCCCAACGACGUGGAGACCUUCCGCGUGGACGGCGAGUCCUUCUUCGUCAUCGCCGACAGCUCCAAGGCGGGCUCCACCACCGUGUACAAGUGGAACGGCAACGGCUUCUACUCGCAACACUCCCUGCACGAGUGGUACCGCGACACGGACGUCGAGUACUUGGAGAUCUCCUCCAAGCCCCACCUCAUCCUGUCCAGCAGCUCGCAGCGGCCCGUCAUCUACCAGUGGAACAAGGGCAGCAAGGAGUUCGAGCGGCGCAGCGACAUCCCCGAGAUGGAGGACGUGUACGCCGUCAAGCACUUCCAGGUGAAGACGGAGCUCUACCUGUGCCUGACGCGCUUCAUCGGGGACUCCAAGGUGAUGCGGUGGGACGGCGCCCUGUUCCGCGAGCUGCAGACGAUGCCCUCCCGGGGGUCCAUGGUGUUCCAGCCCUUCACGGUGGGCAGCUGGCAGUACGCCAUCCUGGGCAGCGACUACUCCUUCACCCGGGUGUACCGCUGGGACGCCAAGAAAGGCCAGUUCGUCCACUUCCAGGAGCUGCACAUCCAGGCGCCGCGGGCCUUCUCGCCUAUCUCCAUAGACAACCGGCAGUUCCUGCUGGCGUCCAGCUUCAAGGGCAAGACGCAGAUCUACGAGCACCUGGUCAUAGACCUGAGCACCUGAUGAGGAUCUGCCAUCCCCCCCCCCCCCCCAAGUUGGUGGAGCGAGCGGUUGUUGUACUGUUGGAAGCUGGAUGUUUGUAGAUUGUGUUAAUAGAGGUGUCAGUGGUGGGAGAAAGGUAUUAUCGGUUGAAUCCUAACUUGAGAACGACAAGUAUUACUCUCCUCGAUGCCUGCUGUAUAUUCUACUUUUCAUGUUAAUAUCAACGCACAGCUAUAGUGAUACGUGAAUGCUUGUUUCUCAAGUUAGGAUUUGAUAGUUUUUUUUCCAAGUGUAUACACAUGACCACGGACACACAUAAGCCAUCUUUAUCAACACAACGCUCGAAAUGUCCAGUUUUGUUUAUCCAUUGUAUCUGGCUUUGUUCAGAUUUUUUUGUUGUUGUACAUCAGAUUUUGUGUUUAACCAUUCACGUGACUUAACACUCUUUAUACAAUUGAAUAUUUCUCAAGGGAAGAUUAAAAUAGUACUUUUUAAUAAACCGCCACGUUAGAUAAAACCAAGAAAACUAUCUGCCAAAAUGAAUUGUUUACAUUUUUAUGUCUUUCUUUGUGUGCGAUACAUGGUUUAUAAAUGAAACUUUUGUAAGCGUUCAGAGGGACCAAGGCAGUUUGAUAAAUGCUUGUUAGGGAAAAAGGGAAAUUCUUUUAAUAUUAUGUUUAUAGUUUGGAAAAUGACAGCAAUCUUCUGUAAGGACUUAGUAAAAUAUCCUUGCAUAUUAUUGUAAAAUGUUUGUACGACAUUUAAAGUAUUGAAAACGUUCAUAUCAACACUGUGUUUUUCAUAACAUAUACUUAAAGGAACUUUUUGAAUGUGUUUUAAAAUAUUUUCACAUGACUUUGAAAGCCGAAUGAGGAACGGGACAAAAUGAUAAUAUUACAUGUAUGAAGUUGUGCCAUCUUUAAAAUCACUAGUAAUUGACUAACACCAUACUAAUGGAGUGAAUAAAACCUCUAUCAUCACACUU